AUGGAAGAGACAGAUAACAUUCAGAGCUGCCAGGAUAAGCAUGAAGAGGACAUCCCAAAGAGUUCCCCAUUUGACUUUGUUAUAAAACAGUUCCAAGGGAAGAGGUCCUCUCCUGGGAAAUCUAAAGGGCAGCCUUCAGCCAUCAAAAAAUUCUUCAGGGGCUUUGACUUUGGGAAAUCUGAAGGCAAGGACAGAAGGGAAAUUGAAGAAACAGAAAUAAACAACUCUGGAGCUGAUGAUCAGAGUGAGAAGCAAGAUUUCUCUGUAGAAGAUGGACUUUCACAUCUCAUUUCUGAAGCGGAGUCACCAUCUGGUGAGCAGAGAUUUAACCAGAACCCCAACAGCAGUAAUCUGGAUCUAAAUAAUUGUGCGUUAACUGCAGCAGAUGUAUCAGAGAUGGCUUCUUUAUUGCAGUUUCUCCCAGAGUUGGAAGAGAUCAGCCUGUCCUGGAACGGUUUUGUUGGUGGGACUUUGAAAGCUCUCACUGUUAAUCUUCAUCACGUGAACCUGUUAAAAGUCCUUCGACUUAACAACUGCAGGCUGACAGCUGAGGAUGUCACCUCCUUAGGAGAGGCAUUUGAACUUGUUCCUCAACUUGAAGAACUGGAUUUAUCAUGGAACGGUAACAUAGGUGGAAAACUAUCACUCUUGACAAAAAAACUCCAGAAAGGAUGCAAGAUAAAACUUCUGAAAAUUACAGACUGUAACCUGACGGCAAAGGAUGGAGAAUCCCUUGCUGAAAUUCUAAAUGUGAUCCCAAACCUUGAAGUAUUAGAUCUCUCUAUCAACAAACACAUCGGCUGCAGCAUGAAGGUUAUUGCUCAGGAUCUGAAAAAUGUGCCAGGCUUGAAAGAGUUAAACUUGCACAUGUGUGGAUUAAAGCAAGACAGCCUCCAGGGCUUAGACACUGCUUUACAGCACCUUGCAGAGCUAAGAAAAUUAGACAUAUCAUGUAACAAAGAGAUUGGCGGUGGCUUUAAAGACUCAACAGCCCAUUUGGCCAGCUUGAAAAAUCUCGAAGUCCUUGAUCUCCACCAGUGCUGUGUAACAGAAGAGGACAUGACCGUUUUGUCCCAGGUGAUACCUUUACUCUCCAGUCUUCAAGAGCUGAAUUUAUCCUCCAAUAAAAAUGUAGGAGUCUCAUCUGAUCCUCUUCUGGGCAGGCUCAGGUUUUUACCGAAGUUGAAAUCUCUGUCCAUCAGCAAUUGCGGUUUAGGCCAAGAGUCAUUUUCAUCACUAGCUGAGGCUGCCCUUCACCUUCCUGAACUGGAGAUAUUAGACCUUUCUUGGAAUAAGUGCGUUGGUGGGAACCUAAAGCUGCUUUUGGGAGCACUAAAGCUUGCAACGGAGAUUCAAGUGUUAAGACUGAGCAGCUGUAACUUGGUGGCUGAAGAUUUGGCACUUCUAACGUUACUGACACAGGAUGGCCAUCUAGCCAGAUUACGGAAGCUGGAUUUGAGUUACAAUAACAACAUCUCUGAGGAAGGGUGGGUUGUUUUCUGUCAAGGCUUAACAGUAUUCAAAGAACUCUCAGAGCUGGAUGUCAGUCUUCGGCCAUCAUCCUAUCGAGACUGUGAGAUGUGGUUCAGCGAGCUGUUAGCAGCCCUGACAAAGCUGCCUGCCUUGGCAGAACUGGGGAUGCAAAGAUGGAUCCUUUCAGAAUCACAUCGAAAACAACUGGAAAGCUUUAAUCAAGACAACAAAAGAAACAUUCGUUUUGACUGUUGAUGGAGGCUGAAGACUUCUGGAAGGCUUUUCACAAGCAACACAUGAACCAAGUAUUAUAUGUCUCUGACUUAAGAAGA